GCCUCUUGGAACGGGCACGUCGAGGUCGUCCGGCUACUCCUUGACCAGGGCGCCGACGUGAUAGUUGCGGAUAAACACGGAUGGACGCCACUCAUCUCAGCUGCAAGCAACGGGAAGGUUGAUGUCGUCAAGCUCCUGCUUGCAGUAGACCGUGUUGAACCAGACUUAAAGGAUAGAACUGGUCGGACCCCACUGUUUUACGCGGCUAAGAAUGGAAACAAGGCUAUUAUUGAACUGCUGCUCGCUAUAAACCGAGUUGACGUUGAUUCAAGGGACUAUUAUAACUCGACACCGCUAUCAAUCGCAGCAAGGAUGGGACACGGGGACGUAGUAGCGCUCUUCCUAACCAAAGGCCAUGCCUUGAAUAUCGAAGAUAAUUUUGGUCGGACACCAUUAUGGUGGGCCAAAAAGAACGGAUAUCUUGAAAUCGCCGACCUCCUCCUU